AUGCCAGACAUGUUCGGACGCUUCUCCUUGUCGUUGUUUGUCGCCAUUGCCGGUGGUGUUUUCUAUAUCCUUGCCAAAGCCUACAAUGCCCGCAAAAUCGUUUACAAACUGCGCAGACAGGGACUGCCAAUGCCCCCAUUCAGCUGGGCUACCGGUCAUAUGCUGGCCAUGAAACCGUUCAUGGAGAAGCUCCCGGCCGACGCAAUCACCAACUAUACAGUCACGGAACUGGCCUAUUCUCUCAACAAGGAAGCCUUUUAUCUCGACUUUUGGCCGCUUAGCGAGCCGUUACUCAUUCUUACCACCCCAGACAUGGCCUCUCAGCUUACGCAGCAGUUCAAUCCACUGAAGCCAUCCGUGAUUGAGAAUGCAUUUGCUGGCCUGACCGGAGGUCCUAAUCUCUUUACCAUGCCGGACGUACCGUGGAAGCGGUGGAGAGCCAUUUUCAACCCUGGCUUUAGCCCGAGUUACAUGCUGCAACAAACACCGAAGAUCGUGGAUGAAUGCCGCGUCUUCUGCGAGAAGAUGAGGGCACGCGUGCGCCAGAACCAGAUGUUCUACUUGGAAGAAGACACACUCCGCCUGACGUUGGAUGUGAUUGGCGUUGUCACGCUGGAUACCCACUUCCGGUACCAGGAAUUCACCUCAUGGAUUCCGGAGAGCCUCCGUGCGCUUAUCGAGUGGACGUCGUUUGGUACGGAACUCAAUCCGUUCAAUCGCUGGAAUCCAAUGCGCCCCUACAAGCUUUGGUACCACGGACGUAAGAUCAACAAGUACAUCGAAGCGGAGCUGGACAAACGGUUCGUUGAACGACGGUACUCGAAUGAUUCCAAACGCGACACCAGAAGCGUCAAAUCAAUCGUUGCCCUCGCGCUAGACUCAUACAUGGCCGAAGAGAAUGCCAGCGGCGCGUCGUCCGAUGCCACCACGCUGGACGAGACGUUCAAGCACUACGCGUGCGCCCAGAUCCGGCUCUUCCUCUUCGCCGGCCACGAUACCACGUCCAGCACCAUGGUCUACGCUUUCCACCUCCUCGCCACCAAUCCAGACUGCUUGACCCGCAUUCGCGCCGAGCACGACCAAGUGUUCGGCGCCGGCACCAGCCCAGACCGCGUCGGCGACCUCCUCUCCGCCGACCCCAACCUCCUCAACCAGCUCACCUACACAACAGCAUGCAUCAAGGAAGCCCUCCGUCUCUUCCCACCCGCCUCAGCGAUGCGUGUAGGCGGGCCCGACACCGUCCUCGUCGGCAGCGACGGCACGCGGUAUCCGACAGCGGGCUGCAGCGUAUGGGGGAUUCACCUGGCGAUCCAGCGCAACCCGGCCGUGUUCCCGCAGCCGAACCGAUUCAUACCGGAUCGAUGGCUGCCGAUGACGCUGCCGGGCGACCCGCUGCACCCGGCCAAGGGAGCGUGGCGCCCGUUUGAGUUCGGCCCGCGCAACUGCGUCGGCCAGACGCUGGCCAUGGCCGAGAUCAAGAUCUUGCUCGCCAUGACCACGCGCGCCUUCGACUUCCGCCCCGCGUACGACGAGUGGGACCGCUUGCAUCCGCCUGGCCACCUGGGCGGUGCCGGUGCAAUCAGGACCGCGCUGGGCGAUCGUGCCUAUCAGGUCGAGGGCGGUGGCGGCGGCGCCCACGCGGCAAAUAAGUAUCCCUGUCGGGUGAGGAUGGUGGGAGAUGGCGAGAAGGCUUGA